UCUGCCUUUCCUGUUUACGACAUAUUGGCAAGUGUGAUACGCUGAACACGACUCAAAAUGUCUAUCCGACCGGUCUACCGACCUAAAAUCGUGAAGAAAAGGACGAAAAAGUUUAUCAGGCAUCAGAGUGAUAGAUACAAUAAACUCAAGCGCAACUGGCGUAAACCAAAGGGUAUUGAUAACAGAGUACGUAGGCGUUUCAAGGGCCAGUACUUGAUGCCUAGCAUUGGUUACGGUAGCAACAAGAAAACACGUCACAUGCUACCCACUGGUUUCCGCAAGGUUCUUGUACAUAAUGUGAAGGAACUUGAAGUUUUAAUGAUGCAAAAUCGCAAGUUCUGCGCGGAGAUUGCACAUGCUGUUAGCAGCAAGAAAAGGAAGAGCAUUGUCGAGCGUGCUCAACAGCUUUCGAUACGCGUAACUAAUGCCAGUGCACGUUUGCGUUCGGAAGAGAAUGAGUAAGCAUUACUUUUCGUGUAUUUUGGCAAUAAAAUGUUAAAAA